CCUUUAAAUGCCGGCGCAAGAAGAAGAUAGAUAACAACAAUUGUGCACUGUCCACUUAAGAAUUUCGUGUACUUUAUGCAACAAAGUAACCAAACAAAAAUAGAAUCAAUAUGAAUGCGAUGAGGCACGCGAUAUCGCUGUUCUCCCUGGGCUCCUUCCAGCUGGGCAGACGCAUGAGAAGCCAACAUCUGAGGGGUUUUCUACUUGGCACUGGGCUGGGUCUUUGCAGUUUUGCAACGGUCACGUACGCACAGGCAGAGGCCGCAAAGGUCAAUCGCAGGCUGAACGUAUCGAAAUUCAUGGCGGAACCGAUAACGGAGGCAACUGUGCUGCUGGAAGACAAGGAGAAUAUGCGGCAUCGCAUGGAACUCAUGAUUAUGGAGAUUCAAGCGGAAUUCUGCCGUGCUCUCGAAUCGGAGGAGUUUAACGGUCAAAAGUUCAAAGUGGAUCGUUGGAUGCGCAAGGAGGGCGGCGGUGGAGUCACCUGUGUCCUUCAGGACGGCGAUGUCUUUGAAAAGGCCGGCGUCAAUGUGUCGGUGGUGACCGGCUCUCUACCACCGGCUGCAGUGCAGCAGAUGCGGGCGCGUGGCAAAGCGUUGACAGAGAACGUGAAAUUGCCGUUCUUUGCGAGCGGUGUCAGUGCUGUAAUUCAUCCACGUAAUCCCCAUGUGCCGACGAUACACUUUAACUAUCGCUACUUCGAGGUGGAACUGCCCGACGGCGAGAAGCAAUGGUGGUUCGGCGGUGGCACAGAUCUGACACCGUAUUAUUUGGACGAGACGGAUGCCCGUCACUUCCACAAGACGCUAAAGAGUGCCUGCGAUGAGCACGAUGCUACCUAUUAUCCCCGGUUCAAGAAAUGGUGCGACGAUUACUUCCACAUCAAGCAUCGCAACGAGUCACGCGGCAUCGGUGGCAUCUUCUUCGAUGACAUCGAUGUACCCACCCAGGACUCGGCAUUCAAUUUUAUCACCAGCUGCGCUCGGGCCGUGAUCCCCUCGUAUAUGCCGCUGGUGCAGAAGCACAAGAAUGACGCCUAUGGCAACAAUGAGCGGCAGUGGCAACUACUGCGACGUGGUCGCUACGUCGAGUUCAAUCUAAUCUAUGAUCGUGGCACCAAAUUCGGCCUGUAUACCCCAGGUGCGCGCUACGAGAGCAUUCUAAUGUCGCUGCCUUUAAAUGCCCGCUGGGAAUAUAUGCAUGAGCCGCAGCCCAAAUCCAAGGAGAGCGCUUUAUUAACGGUUUUGCGCAAUCCCAAGGAAUGGAUUUAAUGAACAAAUCCACUUGAAACGUUUACGUUUUCAAUUACUACUAUAUAAUAUCGGGUUGGAAUGGUGCCUUUAUGUCACUUUUAGCAAUAUAAGAAUUUACAAUAUUUAUGCCUGUACAGUUUUUGCGUUAAACAUUAAUAAACAAUUAUUUUUACAAGGAAAAAAUAAAA